AUGGUUGCUCCGCUUCGAAUAAUCCAAUCAAACAUUCUCACCAUUUUGGACAUCAUUUUUUUUUCUUAUGGAAGAGCUCAACAGCCAGAACCAGGGCUUGAUUAUGAAUAUAAAGCAGUUAACCUUGCAAAAGGAGAGCAGUUUAGUACAGAGUUUGAACAACUGAAUCCUCUUCAAUAUGUUCCAGUCUUGGUUGACGGUGAUGUGGUGGUCUCAGACUCCUUAGCAAUCUUGCUAGUCAGUGUUCUUUACUUCGAAAUGAUUUUUGUGCGUACCUAUUUGGAAGAAAAGUACCCUCAAAAGGCGCUGCUGCCAGAUGAUCCUCGGCUAAAAGCUCUGCAUCUCCAGGUUGCCAGUAUCAUCUGCUCUGGCAUACAACCUCUUCAUAUGUUGGCUUUAGUGAAACGCAUAGAAGAAAAAGUUGGUCCAGGAGAGGGAUUUUUAUGGGCACAAUCUAGUAUUGAAAAAGGUUUUUCUGCACUAGAGAAGUUGCUGAAGGAUUUUGCUACCAGAUUUGCCACCGGAGAAGCACUGUACAUGGCUGAUAUGUUUUUGGCCCCACAGAUUGCUACGGCUGUAACGAGGUUCAAUGUUGACAUGUUCAUUGCCAUGAAAAUUCGAAUAAUUAAGGUUGUGAGUUAUCUGCUUUAUUGGCUAACCGCCUUGAAAUGCAAGAAAUUAGAUGUGACAGCAGGAUGCAGUGACUAUGAUGAUAUGUUUCUAUGGGGUUUUGCGGAUUGA